AUGUAUUAUAAAUUCAUCUUCAUCAAUAUUAUUAUUAUUGUAUUGGUGUUCUCAUCAACUUCAACUUAUUCUGCUUUAACUGAACAAGAUAUUGAUUUCGCUUGUCAAAAUGGAACAAGUUUAGGAUGUUGCCCUCUCCUAGCACACCGGAUUGCUUCUCAACACCAUUCACGUUGUGCAACAAUUAUUCUUAUAAAUAAUACUGGCUAUAAUAUUACUUUGGCCGCUUCCAGUCUUGAAGAUGGUCGUUGGGUUACACAGUAUGAUUAUGACGGCGACAUCGACAUAGAUUGCAUGCCACAUUCUCUUUUAGGUGGACAAUCCGAGGCUAUUUCUAGUGUUUCAAGUCAUUUUCUCGGUGGAAUAAAAGGUUAUCUCUUCUUUGAGAUUAAUGAUGCUAAUUCAAGCAAUUUUCUUAUCUCCUGGAAUGUUCCAAUAAUCGGCUCCCCUGUAUAUUCCAGUUAUGGACUCUCUGAAGAAAUGUAUACCAUUAAGUCCCAGAGAAGCCUUAGCAAUACAGUUUAUUAUGUUACAGUUGAUUCAAAAUCUAAUUGGAAUAAUUGGAAUAUAAUGGUACUCUCUUUUCCAUUCCUCAUUUUACUGUGCUGUUGUUCCGGUUUUGUGAAAGACAACUCACCUAGAGAGCAAGAAUCUAAUUCCUUCGGACAGCAAGGACAACAAUUUUAUAAUGCCUUCAUACAGCAAGGACAACAAUCUUAUAAUGCCUCCGGACAGCAAGGACAACAAUCUUAUAAUGCCUUCAGACAGCAAGAACGACAAUCUUAUAAUACUUUUGGACAGCAAGGGCAACAAUCUUAUAAUCCUUUCAUACAGCAAGGGCAACAAUCUUAUAAUCCCUUCAUACAACAAGGACAACAAGAAAAACAUACUUCAGAAGCUCCAGUACAAGUUUUAGUACAACCUGGAUUCGUAGCAGCAGAAGCGGAGCAGUCCCAUCCAGAGACAGUGAGAUCUUGUAUUGCGCAAGUACCACUUGAAGUGAUGGAAGUAAUUGCACAAGGAAAGCAAGAGACAGGAGCACGCUUGUCCAAAGGAUUAGCAGGUGAAAUUACUGGAGACGCCGAAGCAACGAAAAGAAAAAUCGAGAGAACCAAGAAGAGUUUGAGACCCAUUGGAAUCUAA